ACUGUGAUGGUUAUUGGGUUGUCGGAGAGUGUAAGCGGUUCGAGAACGGGAAGAUAGGUCUGCCGUCUAUGUCGGACGGCUUAUUAUAAAAACUACUCCAUUGGCUGUCGUCUAUUCUACCCAGUUAAACGACGAUAUGUUUUUCAAAAUUCUGCGAUCCGCUCGACUCUGGAGAUGUCGUCUGUACGUAAGGGGAAAAACCAAAAAUACUAAAAAAUGCGAGAGCUUCGAUCGAACUUUCUUAGCCGCGAAACUGCUCCACAUUUUUGCCAAGUCAGCAACUACCAGAGCCAGUCGUACUCAAAACGCUACCGUUUCCACUGAAACAUCGAUUUUUGAAUUAUUUUUCAAUUUUUAUCACAUAUCACUUGACACCAAAAUAUGAGGCUCUCAGUCAUAGCUCCAACCUCUCUUCUCUCUCUCUCACUCAAACAUGCAACUUAUCUAUGCACCUUCUUCUCUAUAUUUCUGCUCGCAAACCGUAAAUUCUCAAUCAAAAGAAGGACUACUUUUACCAGGCAAAUGUCUUCAAGUAUCACCUUUCGGUUACUCCGUACAACCUCUAAAACUCGAAAAGCCUCUCUGUUUAUCACAUAAACGGUCUGUUCUUAGCUCCCUCAAAACCAGAGCUUCCUCUGUUCAAGAUGCUUCUGAAAUAUCAACUGGAUCAGCUGAGAGCGAUGUAUUGAAAGCUUUGUCUCAGAUUAUUGAUCCAGAUUUUGGAACAGAUAUUGUCUCAUGUGGUUUUGUUAAAGAUUUAUAUAUUGUUGAAGAUCAAGGAGAGGUUUCGUUUCGGUUGGAGCUUACAACACCAGCAUGUCCAGUCAAGGACAUGUUUGAGCAGAGAGCCAAUGAAGUGGUGGCUAUGCUUCCUUGGGUCAAGAAUGUGAAAGUAACAAUGUCAGCACAACCAGCUAGACCUGUUUUUGCAGGGCAACUUCCUGCUGGGUUGCAGACGAUUUCAAAUAUUGUGGCAGUUUCAAGUUGCAAGGGAGGUGUGGGGAAAUCUACAGUAGCGGUAAAUCUUGCUUAUACUUUGGCUGAUAUGGGUGCUAGAGUAGGCAUUUUUGAUGCAGAUGUAUACGGUCCAAGUUUACCAACGAUGGUCUCCCCUGAAAACCGUUUGCUAGAAAUGAAUCCGGAGAAGAGAACAAUUAUUCCAACUGAAUACUUGGGAGUCAAGUUGGUAUCUUUUGGAUUCGCUGGACAAGGUCGUGCAAUAAUGCGAGGUCCAAUGGUUUCUGGGGUUAUCAACCAACUUCUGACUACUACUGAGUGGGGAGAGCUUGAUUACCUUGUUAUUGACAUGCCACCUGGAACUGGAGAUAUACAGCUCACUUUAUGCCAGGUAGUCCCAUUAACUGCUGCUGUUAUUGUGACCACCCCGCAAAAGCUAGCAUUUAUCGAUGUUGCCAAAGGAGUCCGCAUGUUUUCCAAGCUUAAGGUUCCUUGUGUUGCGGUCGUUGAGAAUAUGUGUCACUUUGAUGCUGAUGGGAAACGCUAUUACCCAUUUGGUAGAGGUUCAGGUUCUCAGGUUGUCCAGCAGUUUGGAAUUCCUCAUCUGUUUGAUCUUCCGAUUAGGCCAAAUCUAUCUGCUUCUGGGGAUAGCGGAAUGCCUGAAGUGGUGGCUGAUCCUCAAGGUGAAGUUUCCAAGAUAUUUCAGGACCUUGGAAUUUGUGUUGUGCAACAAUGUGCCAAGAUUCGUCAGCAAGUGUCAACGGCUGUCAUGUAUGAUAAAUCAAUUAAGGCAAUAAAGGUCAAGGUGCCAGAUUCAGAUGAAGAGUUCCUUUUGCAUCCAGCAACUGUUAGACGGAAUGAUCGCUCCGCCCAAAGUGUGGAUGAAUGGACUGGGGAGCAAAAGCUGCAGUACACUGAUGUUCCAGAAGAUAUUGAACCUGAAGAAAUUCAGCCAAUGGGAAAUUAUGCCGUGCAAAUAACAUGGCCAGAUGGCUUUAACCAGAUUGCUCCUUAUGAUCAAUUACAAACAAUAGAACGAUUAGUCGGUGUUCCUGAACCAACUCCUAUGAGGGCAUAAAUUUAUCAAGUGAAAAUAGGGAUACUACAAAAUGAAGGAUCUUUCUUAAUAGAGUGACCUCAAUCAGAAGAAGUAGAUUGAAGCUUUGUGUAAGAUCCUCAAGUGUGCUAUUUGGCCAUUUUGUCAUCUCUUUCGUUUUGAGCCUGGGGCAACAUAUGUAUAGCAGAAAACUAUAAUAGUGAAAAUUCUAAUAGAUGCAUGCCAAUUUUGUUUCAUUUUUCAGAUCUUCUAUCAUUUUAUUUUCA